AUGGAGAAGUCUGAGAGCCCGGUGGGCAUCAUGGAGCGAGCCGGUGGGCCCGGGAAGCGCAGGGGCUUCCCGCCGUGGGGGCUGCUUCCUCCGCUGCUGCUGGUGACCUGCGCGCUGGUGGUGGUGGGCGUCCUUUACAGCAGAGGGAAGCAGCUGCCUUCCUUUACUAGCUGGCUGUGCUUCUCACAGGAAGAGAAGACGGUUGUAAAACGAAAAUCCCGAGCUAUCCAACAGCCAGCACCCAUGGAUGAAGUCUGUACCACACCAGGCUGCGUGACAACAGCUGCCAGGAUCCUGCAAAAUAUGGACCCAACCAAGAAGCCGUGCGAGGACUUCUACCAGUACGCGUGCGGGGGCUGGCUCCGGCGCCACGUCAUCCCCGAGACCCACUCGCGGUACAGCGUCUUCGACAUCCUCCGGGAUGAGCUGGAGGUCAUCCUCAAAGGGGUGCUGGAGAAUUCCACUGCCAAGGACCGGCCAGCUGUAGAGAAGGCCAAAAUACUGUACCGUUCCUGCAUGAAUGAGAGUAUGAUAGAGAAGCGAGACUCCCAGCCCCUGUUGAACAUCUUAGAGGUGGUGGGAGGCUGGCCGGUGGCCAUGGACAGGUGGAAUGAGACCAUAGGCCCCAAGUGGGAGCUGGAGCGGCAGCUGGCUGUGAUGAACGCACAGUUCAACAGGCGUGUGCUCAUCGACCUCUUCAUCUGGAAUGAUGACCAGAACUCCAGCCGGCACAUCAUCUACAUAGACCAGCCCACCUUGGGCAUGCCCUCCCGCGAGUACUACUUCAAUGAGGGCAGCAACCAGAAGGUGCGGGAAGCCUACCUUCAGUUCAUGAUGUCCGUGGCCACCAUGCUCCGGAAGGACAUGAACCUCCCCAAAGACAGCCAGCUGGUGCAGCAGGACAUGGCCCAAGUGCUGGAGCUGGAGACGCACCUGGCCAAUGUGAGGGGGGGCUGGGCCGGGGCUCAGGCCGGGCCGGAGAUGCACCUGGCCAAUCUGAGCGUGACGGACGGCUUCCCGCAGCUCAACUUCUCAGAGGACCUGUACUUUGAGAACGGCCUGCAGAACCUCAAGGCCAGUGCCCAGCGGAGCCUCAAGAAGCUGCGGGAAAAGGUGGACCAGAACCUCUGGAUCAUAGGAGCCGCGGUGGUCAACGCCUUCUACUCCCCAAACAGGAACCAGAUCGUGUUCCCGGCCGGCAUCCUCCAGCCACCCUUCUUCAGCAAGGAGCAGCCCCAGGCCUUGAACUUCGGGGGCAUCGGGAUGGUGAUCGGACACGAGAUCACACAUGGCUUUGACGACAAUGGCCGGAAUUUUGACAAGAACGGCAACAUGCUGGAUUGGUGGAGUAACUUCUCGGCCCAGCACUUCCGGGAGCAGUCGGAGUGCAUGAUCUAUCAGUACGGAAACUUCUCCUGGGACCUGGCAGAUGACCAGAACAUCAAUGGAUUCAGCACCCUGGGGGAAAACAUCGCAGACAAUGGCGGCGUGCGGCAGGCGUACAAGGCUUACCUAAAGUGGAUGGCAGAAGGAGGCAAGGACCAGCUGCUGCCGGGGCUGGAGCUGACGUACAACCAGCUUUUCUUCAUCAACUAUGCUCAGGUGUGGUGCGGGUCCUACCGGCCUGAGUUUGCUGUCCAAUCCAUCAAGACCGACGUCCACAGUCCCCUGAAGUACAGGGUGCUGGGCUCGCUACAGAACCUGGCUGCCUUUGCAGAAGCGUUCCAGUGUGCCCAGGACACCCCCAUGCACCCCAAAGAGCGAUGCCGCAUCUGGUAACCAAGGUGCAGCCGCACUGUGCGGCCCACGUCCACUCGCCGCCCCGAGGCGUCCAUGCCUGCACGGUGCCCCCGCGCCUGGCGGCCACCGAGCCCACCCACCUGCCCUUGGAGCC